AUUUGGCUGGCUGCAGUUACGAUGGCUUUCAACGGACCGUUGUUAGGCGUUCUCUCGGUUCUUUGUUGCAUUUCCACCGUUCAGAGCGGGGACUAUUUUGUUGCACUGUCGAGAGUGGUGCAAUGUUGCAAUGACGAGAAGGUGGUUGUCUCAGUCUUCGGCGUGGGAUCGUCUGCAAUCGCGACACGAUUGGUAGUGGAAGACGCCAAUGGAGUUGUCUUGUACGGAACAGACACAAUAGAUGUUGAAGAAGACACCCCACAAGAGUUCUUUAUUUCGGUUCCAUGUCAACGCCUUCCCAAACCAACAUUUCCAGACAAUCAGCGCCUUGUUACUGUCAGAGCAAUCAGUGACGACAGCUCGCUGUCGUUUAACAACGCAGUCUCGGUGGCCGUCAAAUCCAGUCCUUCUCUUGUGCUCAUCCAAACGGACAAGCCCAUUUAUGUAAAGAAUGAUAAUGUCACCAUUCGAGUGGCUGUUCUUGGCUGCAACUUUGUUCCUUGCUGUAGAGAAGACAACGAGUGCAUAUGCAACGUUCUUCUCGACAUCAAGAAUCCACAAAAUAUUAUAGUUGAUAGGUUGACUAUCAAACCAUGCGCCUCUCGAGAAAUGAUAAAGAAGCGGACAUUUAACUUGGGGCUGACUCCUAUUGAAGGUGAUUGGUCGAUCGUUGCCAAACGAAGCUGUGAUGACACUGUCAUCUCAGAAACAAGCUUUGAAGUAAAGAAUUAUGUUCUUCCCCGAUUUGAUGUCGUGGUAAGAUCACCAAGAUUUGUAAAGGCACACGAGGAACAUAUCAAAGUUAACGUGACGGCAUCGUAUACUUACUACAAAGGAGUAGUUGGAUUAUUGCGUGUUCAACUCGGAAUUUGGAAUGAAUCAACGGAGACUGCCAACGUCAUUAUUAGCCAGGAAUUCUUUCUCUUGCCUGGGGAUAAAGGAGUAAAAAGGCUGACGUUUGCCAAUGGAGGAUACGAACAGUUUCCCUUCGGUAGACGCUUGUCUGUGUUUGUUGAAGUGACUGAAGAGGCCAGUGGUAUCAAGGCUAGCGCGUUUGACAACACGGCCGUGUUUACAGACAAUCCUAUCAAACUUGACUGUGACCUCAUGCCGCCAUACUACAAACCAAACCUCCCCCUACAGAUGCAGGUUCGAGCUCGUUAUGCAAAUGGUGAAAACGUAGAAGGCGUGUCGGUUACUGCCAGUUAUGACGGCAAGAGCAAAAGGCAAACAACAGGUGCUAGUGGUAUAGCCAACCUUGGAGUCGAUGUUGGAGGUGAGAAUCAGGAAAGUAUAACAAUCGAGGUGAAGGCAAACGAUCAGAAUCUGGGUGUUAAUUGCAUAUUUAAAGAAUUUUGUUCACCUUGCACUGGACUUUUCUCCGUUAGACCAACGGUUGGAGAAGUGAGGGUAUGUGUAUCUAAAUUUUAAAACACAUGCA